AUGAGUUCUACUGCAUCAGCAAAAGUUGCUGCUGAAGAAGAAGAAAAAAAGGAAUUGCUCGGACGAACAAUUGCAAUUGCUGUCGACGAUAGUGACUUUUCCGAAAGCGCAUUUCAAUGGUAUAUGAACAACUUGCAAAGAAAAGAUGACUUCUUGGUGUUGAUACAUUGCCCAGAAUUUUAUGAUUUUGCAAUGGCUAGUUCUUCCGUUGUUGAACAACUGCUAGUUGAAUUGGAACAACGUGUCAAUGCCCUGGAACAAAAAUACAGAGAGAAGUUACAAAUGUUAAAGAUAAAAGGCAAAUUCCGGACAGGAGCUGGUAAACCAGGUGAAGUAAUUGUGGACAUUGCCAAACAGGAGAAUGUUGUAAUGAUAAUCACAGGAACAAGAGGACAAGGAAAGUUACGUCGAACACUUUUGGGAAGCGUCAGUGACUAUGUGGUCCAUCAUGCACCCAUGCCAGUGUUAGUGUGUCGACUCAAUGGUUCUACUCAUACAGAUUAA